GGGUCGAUACAUGACGUCAUCGUCGUCGCCUUGUUUUGUUUACAUGCUAACGGCUCGGCUACAUAUUUAGCGAUCUUUUCUUUGUUCUUUGUGAGGAUGGCGACCCAAAAACCCGUCAACGUCAGCUCCGUACCCAUAGAUGCAUUCAGCAAUUUACGAAUUACAUCCAUUUGGACGUUCCUCAUGUCUGUGAAGUGGUCGGAGCCGUGGCUUCUUGCCGGUAUUGUGUUUCACAUAGUCUGUCUUUGCCUGACUGUGGUGACGUGCAAGUAUUACAGAGCGCAGAUUUGCCACUUCCUGCUCAUAAUUGUCUUGGUGUACAGUGCUGAAUAUUUAAACGAGCUGGCAGCAAUGAACUGGAGGUCUUUCUCCGAGUUCCAGUACUUUGACUCCAAGGGCAUGUUCAUAUCGUUGGUCUUCUCCAUCCCGUUGCUCUUCAACGCUGUCAUCAUUGUGGUGGUGUGGCUGUGCAGGACCUUCUCCACCAUGGCCGAGCUGAAGACGCUGCAGCUCAAGCGGAAGGCGCGCCUGCCCAAGAAAAGCGACUGAUCCGUUUGAGCUCAAACGUCACGAAGGACCGGAUUUCUGUUCUUUAGCGUGGGUGGACAAGCUGUGGCUUGCGGGCCACGUACGGCCCCUCCAGAGCGUACAAACCCAAAAACAAGUACGACCUCAGACGAAGUGGAACGGCCCCCUGCUCCAUUGUAAGUGUGUGGAAAGAUUGUACGAGAGACACCAAAAUGGUUUGUAUUUAAAUGUGUAAUUAAAACUGUUUUAUUGCAA